AAACCCACCCGUCAUUCCACAAAUGAAGAAGGGCUGGGAAAACCACCGUCAUUCCACUACUGAAGCUGGACUGGAAAAAAACACCGUCAUUCCGUUCUGGCAGCGCCAACAUGGGCAACACGACAGGACACGGCGACAUGAAGUCGGCUCACAAACCCUCGGUUUUGCUGGAAGUUGAGGACGUGAACAAGAGGACGCUGGGGAAGCUGAUCAUCAAGACUGUCGGCCACGAAGGUACAGAGACAGACGAGGAGGGGACGUAUCUACGACGACAGAUCCAAGCCUGCAUCUCUAACCUGGAGCAUCACAAGCCUGCCUUGUGGAAGGAUGCGAGGGUGUCGUUCUAUGGCCUCCAGGGUCAUGAAUACGUCAUACAGUCGGGUGGAGGUCGUCAUCGGUUUGUGGUUUUCCUUGAUGCCAAAGACGAAGUUACUUUGACAAAACGGAUAUAGGGUCUAUACAAGAACACACAAAAACAUUUUAACUGAAUAUGCAUAUGCGGUAUUCUGUCAAGACGUUUCUGUUUGAAUGCACAUGUUGAUUCGCGUCAUGUCUGUAUUAGCUAUAAACACACACCAUAUUCACUGAAAUGAAUAUCUUAUCUGACAAGUGGCUGUUUGCCAUGGAUGUACGGUAAUGAGGCUAGCACUUGUUAUCACUUGUGUUAGCAAAUUAAAAAACGAAGCUGACUCAAAGUGAACGACUUCUUUUCUUACUGUACAUGUCUUGCCCCCUACGAGGCAAUAUUUUACGGACGCUUCUCUUUCUAUCUAAGUCAAUAAGAGUUAUCUUUUCUUACCCUUUUUUCAAACUUCCGGAAAAAGCACGUGUUUCAAAUCAGUGGUUUCGACGCCUACUCAAAGGUCUUAUCACCAUUACUCAAGUGCUGACAUGUACAGGUUUUUUACCCUUUUUGUACUACGGGUUUAUGACGAUUAAAGAAACAAAUACAAGCAUCUUUUCGAAGUCGUUAUAGUA